GCAGACCUUUGUAACUGCCUCGACUGACAGAAUGAGGCAGAAAUGACACUGCUUGACUCCUGAAGCUUUCGUCACAAAAGACAACCAACCAAUUCAGCUUUCACCUGCAUCUUUCUGACUUGGGACAUAAGUCCAGCUCUACUGAAGCCACUCUGCUGGAGCACGCACGUGGAGAGACAACGCAGACACAGAGAUACUACCGAGGAGCACCUGCUUCUGCGGCCCCAGCCUGGCAGUCUUUCAGCUGAGGCCCCAGACAUUGUGGAGCGGAGACAAGCCGUCUCUUCUGCGUUCGGCAUGAAUUCCUGACCCACAGACUCCCCAUAAGAAAUGGUCGUUUGAUGCCAUUAAGUUUUGGGGUAACUGUUAUACAACCACAGUAACUGGAACGGAUGCCAGUUCAGAGCCUAUUAGCAUGGUUAGAGAAGAAAGGAGAAAUCAAAAGGCUGAUGGAGGCUGCAGCUAUGGUUAUCCUGCAAUUCGUUGGCCCAAUUGAAUGACAGAUUCCAGGAAACAAAAGCUCCCUAAUGGCUAAAAUACUUCUUCCUCCCAUCUUACCAACAAAUUUAGUGAGAUCCAGAUAAGAAAUUAUUUUAUGGACACCUGGAUGUAUUGCCUGAAGCCCUAAGGGUUGGUUGGGAUGGUGAGCCUUUUACCAUGGUGGAACAGACUGGAAUGUUAUAUGGCAGGGGCUCAACUAGCAGUGACCAGGGAGAGGUACAGAAAGCAGUCAACACUGCACAGGGAUUGUUUCAGAGAUGGACAGAGCUCCUCCAGGACCCAUCCACAGCCACGAGGGAAGAAAUCGACUGGACCACCAACGAGCUGAGAAACAACCUCCGGAGCAUAGAAUGGGAUCUAGAGGACCUUGACGAAACCAUCAGCAUAGUCGAAGCAAAUCCUAGGAAAUUCAACCUCGAUGCAACCGAAUUGAGUAUAAGAAAAGCUUUCAUCACAAGUACUCGGCAAGUCGUCAGGGACAUGAAGGAUCAGAUGUCAACUUCAUCUGUGCAGGCAUUAGCUGAAAGGAAAAAUAGACAGGCCCUGCUAGGAGACAGUGGCGGACAGAACUGGAGCACUGGAACGAUGGAUAAAUAUGGGCGCCUUGACCGGGAGCUCCAGUUGGCCAAUUCCCAUUUCAUCGAGGAGCAACAGGCACAGCAGCAGCUGAUCGUGGAACAGCAGGAUGAGCAGUUGGAGCUGGUCUCUGGCAGCAUCGGGGUGCUGAAGAACAUGUCCCAGCGCAUCGGAGGGGAGCUGGAGGAGCAGGCAGUUAUGUUGGAUGAUUUCUCUCACGAGUUGGAGAGCACUCAGUCUCGGCUGGACAAUGUGAUGAAGAAACUUGCAAAAGUAUCUCACAUGACCAGUGGAAAGUUCACUGCUUUUCAACCAAGCCUGUGCAUAAAGAGUGUCAAGACACGCUGAAGUUUGAUUAGGCAGUAACUAAACGCCCACGCUCCACAGCCCUGCAGAGGCGAGACCUCCCCCCCCGCCCAGUGCUGGCUGCUUCCUGGGCAGAAAUCACCCAAGACGCCAUGCUUACUAUUUUGAAUGACCCAAGAGAGACUAAUCUUGUCAAUCUCCUGCCCUCAAAAAGUAUAUUCUUUUGUGUGGAUACCAAGGUUUUCUUCCCCUCACUUUCCCAAAUUCUGUUGUUCAUCUUUUCUCUUUAGGGGAAGAGACUAUAUUGGGAGGGGGAAAAACCUGUGGAGUCCCCUUUUUCCCCCUGACUUUUUGAGGCAGGUCCUGAGCUUGCAAAAAGCUGGUUUUGUGACUUGAGGUCACAAGAGCCCUUGUGGUUAGUACCCACCCCUUCUGGGGGUAAGUCUGCUAGGGUAACAGCUAGGGGUUGCCCAGUUCAUGCUUCCUAGAAGCAACUUAACACUUCAGAGGAAAGUGCAUUUAAAAGAGCAUUCCUGGGUUGUGCUAGCUUGUGUGAUGGCUGUCCUCCUUGAUGAAAACCCCUAUUUAGUUCAGUUGCAGAAGAGAAAGUGAGUGGAGGUGGGAGGAGGGUUGGGUAGAGGCUGACGGGAAGCUGGAUCAGUAUUGGAAAUCCAGGUCUGAGAUGGCAGGAUGCCUCGUUAGGAAGCAUUUACCUUGACUGUAUCAUCCUAGAAUAUAGACUAAUCAUUUUAAUGAGAGGGCUUUUAAAUUGUCAUAAACAUUUUAAAAUAGAUGAAAGAAUGCUAGGUACUUGAGUUUUCUGGACCACUGAAGUGAUAAACAGAUUAACACUAUUAUCUUUUAAUACCAUAAUCUAUUAUCUAUUACUCUUAAAGGCCAGCUCUGCUUCCCCACACCUUUUGGACUAGUCUUGUUUCAGAAAAGGAACAGAUGGACUUGAGGUCUUGGCCCUAGUCCCCAGUUACUAAGUGAGUUUCCGGCGUGUGUGAUGGAGAGCAGGAUGAGCCACUGGGAGCUCCUUGCUUCACUCACUACUGUUUGGUAGCGCUUCUCUUGGCCGGUUCUAAGACUUUGCCGUCCGUGGCAUUUAAGUAACUGAAGUACAUGUUUUGUGGACUUGGCGCAUUGCUUUGUGGAGAGUUCUGCAGUGUAUUUUCUUAGAUUCAGACCUUUUUAUAAUGUGAUUCUCAGUAGCUCUGGUGUGCGAAAAUCUGCAGGCUUUCAAAUAAACUUUCGGUGAAUCAGUGUAUGUACCUUUAUAUUUCUACUUAAAUGGAACUCUUACUUCCAGCAGUUGAGCUGCAUUGUCACAGGCUUUAUCUCAGCCUGACCCUUCGUGCAAAACAGCAGGGCUCCUCUGUGGAGAGGCUUGCUCUUCCUACAUCUGCCCAAGUGAAGGGUGCGUCCUGACGACAGACAGCAUCCUGUGCCCCGACUGUGGGCCCGCAGAGGGUGCAAGGGUAUUCGUGCUGUGUAGUUUUCCCAGCAGCCCUGAGAGUUAGGGGGACACAGUCAGGAUUGUGGGCGGGAGCCUGUGUGGGCCCUUCUGUCCCUCGGGGCCUCCUUGCUCUCAGCCAUUUAGAUGGAUUCUGGCUACUUUGUUUACUGCACCUGUUCUAAAUUGUGAGUAGGGCAGAAAGCUUCAGAAAAGACAUUCCACUUUUAUUUAUAGAUAAGCUGUGUCAGUUACUUCAACACAGUUACUGGUUAAGUGAUCUUUCUUGCCCAGGGGUGGUGUGAAGUUCAUCACCCCGGUGAUCACUGCAGCUUGCUUUUUCAGCUCAUUGUUUCCUGAAGUGACCAGCAGUAGCUUUCAUCUCCUUUCUAUCCUUCCAUUGUGCUCAUUAAGAAAAGAACAUGAUUACUGUUUAAAUGAUUUGAUUUUGGUGGGAGAUUAAAGCUGACGAGCUUUGAUCUGUAAUACCAAUGCCAACAUCUUUUCCAGGGAUGUGGUAACUGCCAGAAGAGAACCGUGAUCCAUAGAUUUUAAUUAGAGACUUGAGACACAAAGCAGGUACUUGUUACAAGGCUGGCUUUCAGGGGACGGGCAGGGUUGUGAAUGCACGUGCAGUGCAGGCCAGGAAGAGCAGCGGUAAGAGUCCAGGUGCCCGGGCAGGUUCAGAGCAGCGGUAAGAGUCCAGGUGCCCGCGCAGGUUCAGGGCCUCUGCCCAUUCUGUCUGCAUCCAGGUGUUGCCUUAAGUUUCCUGUCACUGUAUCUUGGGGGACGUCGAGUCCCGGGAGAGCUGACCCUCGUGUCCUGCCUUCCAGAUCGGCGCCAGUGGUGUGCCAUCGCUGUCCUCUUCGUGGUCCUCCUGGUCGUGCUCAUCCUCUUCUUAGUGCUGUGACAGCGUGGCCCCCGGCUCGCUUCCUCCUGCACAGGAACCUGAGGGGAGAGGGAGAAGCAGCGCACGGUGUGCCCGCCCCUCGCGUCCCUCGCCUGGAAACAGCCUGCGCUGACUUUUCUCUCUGUGACCCCACCAUGGAGAUCAGGUCCUUCAGCCCAGCUUGGGGAGGGCCGGCGGGAAGAGGAAGUCGACGACUGCACACUCCUGGUGCCCCCUGGCCUGGAUCCGAGGACAGCGGGCCCUGCUUUGCCCCCCUGGACCUCGCUCCCCCUGGAGGGCCUUCGAGGAAUCCAGAAAAAUUCGCAGACUCGGCUCGUGUUGGCUGUUGCUCCUUCCAUCCGUCUUGGCAGCUCCUCCUGCCCCCCACCCCCGGCUCAGACCCUUCCCCCGCCAGACAGCACGCGCUGGCCCAUCCAGGGGCAUCCAUCGGGGAUGUGGGCCCCUGGGUGGGUUUCACAUCCUGUCGCGGCAGCGUCCCUUUGCCCCUGAAAGCUGGCGGUUAGUGGGGACAGAGGGCUCGGAAGUAAUUUGUGACAGAAGAUGCAGUGACUGGUUUUUCAGGGAUAAGUGCUAGGGUGAAAGUGCUUCCCCGAGCACAGUUUUUUGUGGUAGGAAUAACCAAUGGAAAAGAAUGAAAAGCACUGGGCUUUGGGGGUGCUGGCAACUUGUGGCUUGAAUGGAAGGGAGGACAGGGCAGCAGGACACAGCUGGAGAGGGCGGGUGAGGUCACCAGGGUCAGGCCCUUGCUGGAUUCAUGCCGCUAUCCUACAGCCUCCUCCCUAGAGGUGCAAGUUGCAUUUCUAGAGUGACCCUUAGAUGAGCAGCUCACGUGAGUGGACUGAGAUCCCGAGGUGGUGGCAUCGGCAGUUAUUUUAUUCCUGCAGCACUCUGCCUUGGGGGCUGGGGGGGGGGGGGGGGGCAGCACGUUGAUUACAUUUACUCAGAAACUAUAAUGUCAAGAAGGCUAGUUCUGGACCAGAUUUUUCUUACCCUGUGAGUGAUUGCAAGGAUGGGUAGGUGAACUUGGUUCCUUUUUCCCUGAGAUGACAGUUCAAUUUUAUCAUCCAUUCAAAUAACUGAGCCAAUCGAAAUUUAAAUGACAGACACUUCAGUUGGGUUUUAGUAGCUGAAACUGCUGAGACACUGUACCCUUCACGCUUCUGAUGACUUUUAAAAUGCCUCCCGUGUACACAUGUAUAUAGGAUAUUUUUAUAACCUCCCUGAUGAAAACCUAAUAUUGAAGUAGCAGCUGUGCCCAGAGCCAGCACUUGGCAGUGGAGGCUGUAGGUCUCUCCUCACUAUCUUUUUUGCACUUGGGAAGCACAGCAACAUCUGGGUGGAGUUCUAGCUUUGACUUCCAGCUCCCCAUCUCUUGGGGCCCACUCCUCAGCACGCUUUUUUUUCUUGUUUUGUUUGUAUCGUUUGUUUGUGUUGGGCUUUUGUUUUCUGUGUGUGUGUGUGUGUGUGUGUGUGUGUGUGUGUGUGUGUGUGGUUUGUAAUGAUGUACUUGCCUAGCUAACCUUUGAAUUGCACUUUUUAAUAAAUAUUUGUAACAGUUUUUUAAAGAAGGGUAUUAUAUCAUGGUAGGUAAGGAAAUCUGCCUGUUGAUGAAAGCUAAAAGCAGGUUUAUAAAACUAAAAGGGUGAUUGACAUCCACGUUUACACUCAACUCUAUGUGACAUAUAAGUUAUUUCUUUUCAAAUUAGAAAAAAAGUGAUUAUUACAAAGGGCUUCAGGUGUAGGAUACUAGAUUAUUUGUUUUACAGAGUUUUGAGACUUUGUUAAGAUAGCCUUCUACAAACUGAGGACAGGGCUGGUCCUUAGAUUUGCAUUAAAAUGUACACGUCUUUUUAAAUAUCCAUGUGGACCUUGUCUCAGUACUGUAAUCCCCACUUUCCACGUGACACGAAGCAGCCGGCUUCUUGAUGAAUUACAGGGUUGCCCUGUUUAAACGCCAUGCCAUUAUCUGGGUGUUACCAGUUUACUGUGCCCCUUGAAACUGACGUGUGUCAGCGGGGCCUGUUGGGAACACGCUGGUCAUGAGUGAGUAAGUUUCUCCCCAGGCUUCAGGGACCAAGUGCUGUGACGCCGAGGCUUAACCACUAAAUGUGUGGGGCUAUUUAGAGUCGGCAGGCUCGCUGAUUUAAGGUGUUUGCUAAACAGUGGCUGUUGUAGACCAGACUGGGCUAAAGCCGAAGAGGAAUCUGUUUAGAAAGAAAAAUUGCUUAAAGUUCCGUCACUACGGCAUUCUCCCUGUAGGGCCACUGCUCUUUCUGGCCUCGGAGGAGCCGUUCUCCGAUAGGCCGCCUCUUCAUGUGUUUGUCAGAGCUGCUUGGCCCGAGAUGUAACCUCCGGCCUACGUGACCUGAUCCUGAGACCCACCCUGUUGUACCAGGACUGAGCAGUCACUACAGACCAGUGUUCACUUGAAGACCAUGCCCACGGCCCAGUCAGACUCCAGACUGGCAGAGAGAGCAUGCCAGGGGCUUAGGUUUCCUCAUCAGUGAUCCUGAUGCUUUGGGUUCCUUGCAAGUGGUCCCCUGACCCUGAGUGGUGGACUGGGGUGGGGGGGGGCGGAGUGGAUGCCCGCGACACCCCUACUAGGCUUAGAGGCACUUCCUGUAGCCGUGGGGCUUUCUCUCUCCUUCAGCCUCUGUACUUCGUGCUGUACUCGUCAUUGCUAAAAAACUGGCAGAAUAUGACGGCUAACAAACAGAAAGAGCUCGACUUCUGUUUCUUGGAAGAGCAUUUCUCCUCCACUGGUUUGGUGAGGUGGGGUGUAGAAUGGGGUAAUGAACCAUGGAGAGCAUUUGCCAGAGUGGGACUCCAGCUGGAAAAGCGAAAUACCUUUAGCUUUUCGUCCUGAUUUUUGAUCUUGUCUUUGUGAGAACCGUGAAGAAUCACAAUGCGCUCUGUGUGCCGCUACCGUGUGGCAAUUGGAAGUCGCAGCAUGUAUGUUACAUGAGGAUCUUCACGCCAGAGUCGGGGGAGAAACUUGGUAACUUGCCCAUUAUUCUCUGCUUUUAGCCAGAGUUAAACAGACUGAUGGGUCUGGUAGCCAACAACUUGGCAACUUCCACUCCUUCUCACCUCGUGAGAUUAAGGGCUGCGAAGAAAAAUGUAGUCUUAACUCCAGCAGAAAUCUGUCUCCGCUAAGUGUUUUACCUUCUGUAAGUGAAGGUGGCAGAGCCAAGAUCUUCCUUUUGGUAAUUUCCCUGUCAAGUGAGACCAUUACCACCUUUCUAGAGAACGCAUAGCAUUUGAAGAUCUCAAACCAACUGAUAAAUAGGAGUUGUUUUCCCACUCUGGAAUUUUGACCAUUUGGCGUUACCUUGUACACAGGACAAAUUUGUAAACAAAACAAAAUUCGGACUGUCUGGAAAGCUGAAGUUCUAAAACACGGAACGCACUACCGUCAGUGCUCCCUCUUCUUCUAACUCUCGUUGGCAUUUCUUCCACUCCCAGGUUUUUUAAGAUUUUUUUUUUCUUUUUGAAGACUGUUCUUUGUCCAUCAAGAGCAGAGAGAAGGUGAAGCCAAAGGGUCCUCAGCCCUGCAGUCAGGUGGCGCUGUCCCCGACCACAGUCGGGACACGAGGACGGGGCCCCGAGGGGCCGUCAGGCGCAGCGGCCUCUUCCUCCAGGGCCCUGCUCGAGGGGCAGCUCAGCCCCUGGGCUGCCCUGGCAGGAGGUGGUAAGACUCUGUCCUGCCCAGCUCCCAUCCUUCACAGAAUAUGCUUGUGCUGAAAACAAGGAGCUGCUGCCUUGCAAGGCCCGUGUCAGUCUGUUACCUAUAAAACAUGUGCCGUCCCACCACGUCUGCCUGAUAACGCUCACAGGGAGGCUGCUGUCGCGUCCAGAACCCCAGGAGAGUUCUUAGUAGAGAGGACAGCCCUUCAGAGCCUAGGACGGCACUGUUGUGAACCUGGAGACCGAAGCCGGGUGCCGGGUCCCCCAGGCUGGGGCCGAAGCUCCAAGCUAGCGGACUUCUGGGGUGUUAGCAUCCCUGACGGUAGCCUCAGAAGGACUUAUGGUCACUUCGCUCAGUAGUCCUCUUGUUCAGAGUUGAAACACUUUCAGCUCCCGCAGCAGACAUGGGAGUCACUGGGUGGGUUGCAGUCCAGACUUGGCACCGGGGAGCCUGCACCCUGUCUGGACCAGGCUGACCUCAGUGACAUGACGUAGUCUGGUAGUGGCUUGUCACGCUCCCGCCUCAGCCCAGCCACUUGAUGUCUUUUGCUUUGGGACAACCACUGGCGCUCUGGUCACGUUGCUGCGAUCUCCAUGCGCUGAAAGUUCUUUGUUAUAUGAUAUUAUAAGUCUCUUUACUAGGACAGAAGCUUGGGGAGGUGAGGAUAAAAGAAAAAGAACUUGGUUUCCCUCCGACAUAAGCUAAUGUGUUGGCGCUGUCUUCCUUCUGAUGUGACCUUUGUCCAGAAAUGCCCUUCCCCGAGGCCGUGCAGAUGGGAGCUGUGCUUAGACUGGGAUUGUCCGAUCACCUGCCCUACUGCCGGGGUUUCACAUGAACAUUUCAUGGUCCUGGUUUGCCAGCUGCAGCCAGACGCUUUGUGAGAAAGUAUAUUUUACCUUUUUUUUUUUUAAAAGGUUAUGAGUUAUCAAACCCGGAAGCCACUUGAUUAUCCAGGGGUGUUAGAAAUAAGACCACCUGGCUUUGCUGUCUGCUGACCGGAGCUCUUGAGCCUGUUCCCUGGCGGCAGCCCAGCACUCCACUCCAGCCCAGCUUUCCGUCAGCCCCGGGGUGGGACCGAGUUCAGGACGGUUCUUUCCUGCUCUGCAGAAAGUAGGUUCUGGCUGAGACCCUGCUACUGAAUGGGAAUUGUGACGCCACAGUUAGUCGGUUCCGGGAGAGACAGCCGUCCUAAUCCUCAGGUAGAUAGUGCGUCUGUGCCCUGUUGUCUGUGCGAGGUGAGGAGAGGCCAGGCAGGUGUCCCACUAAUAAGUUACUGGAACUGCUCUAAGUGCCAUGUUAUGACGUCCUGGCUGACCCAGGCUGGGAGAACGCGCAGGGUUGGGGGGUGGCCUGGAAACCCGGAAAGGGCCAAAGAAAGCAAGCUGUAAAUGAUGAUGGAUUUGGUUUUUGUAAGUGGAAGUAAGCUUUCACCGGCUCAUUUGUAAUAAAAAAUUAAUGUAAUUAAAAACAGAGUGUGUAAUACGUGGCAGUGCUCAGCAGGACUAAACGAUUGUUUUUUCCUUUCAAGGAUAAAUAACCUUACGGCGUUUUAUUUUUAAUUAACUAGAAGGUACAAACAAAAGAAGUGAGAUCAAGGAUUAGAAAUGCAAAACGCCGCGGUGAUUUCCAGAUGGUGCUCUCCCCGCACCCAACACGAGAACGGUGCCAGAGCCCUGGUGCCAGCAGUUCACAGCCCCGCUGUGGGUAGAGCUUGCUUCUUGUAUGCAGUGGGUCUCCAAGUGUGGUGUGGGACCGUCAGCGGCGGCGGCAUCCCCUGGUAACUUGCUAGAAAUGCAGAUUCGCGAGCCCCGCCCCAGACUCACAGACUGGGGUGGGGUGAGUGGGCUGUUUAACAAGCCCUCCAGGGGAUUUGAUGCACAGUCAAGUGUGCGAACCACUGCUUCUGCAUCGUGGAAUUUAGGCUACAGUAAACCACCCCUGUAAAAUGAAACAGCUUCAUGGCCUUCAUUGUAAUCCUGACAUUAAACAAAUGUUGAUGACACUAUAAACUUGAAAACUUAAAAAAAAACAAAAACGUGUUUAAAAAAGCCUCAACUAGCUAUCCUUAAAAGUGAUAUUUUUACACCCUUAAGUUUAUCAGUAAUGUUUCUUACUUCUACUCUUGAAAUCAUGUUACAACUGCAUAAAGACUACUGUUCAGUAUUAAAGAGAAAUGGAGAGACCAUGAA